UUAUUUUCAUAGGUGAAAACUUGCCAAUUUUGGAGUCGGUGUACUCUUUGAUGCGUCGUGUCUUUUUACGCCAAAACGGUGGGAAUCAAUUGCCGGGGAAUAAGGGAUGAAAUUAAGAUCUUAAUGUUUAUAGAAAAAUAAACAAAUUGAAAACUGCAUACGUGAAUGCACAUGUGUAACUUUAUGGAAGCAAUUGCUGCCUGAAAAGUCAUUCAGUAUGGAUGCCAAAGCUCUUCCCAGUCUCUUGAGUUUGAAAGUGACUCCUCCGUCAGAGUUACAAAAUCAGAAUGUUGACAAUGGGAUUGGAGAAGGGGAUGGUGGUUCUGUUAAGCUUCCAGCUGCUCUGGAGCAAGCCCUUGCAUUUAAGACAGAGAGAGCUAAAGAAAUAGGCGGUGAUCCUGACGAUGUUAUUUCUGUAAGUAAAUCACCAAAGGACGAUGGCGAAGAUGCUUCUCAGAUGGAAGACGUCAUAACGGAGCUGGAACAACAAAAAUCAGAAAAAAUGGAUUCUAAAUCAAGUAAAACCAAGAAGAAGAAAAAGUCAAAGAGGAAGAGACACAACGGUGAGAAGAGGGAUGGCGAACAGAGGAAGGACAGUGUAGAGGACAAUGCUAAGAGUAAAGAUGAUUUGCCGGAAAUAGAGUAUAUACAGGAAAUACCGAGCAUAAAUGAUUUAGAACCGAUGUAUCGUCAAUUUGCUAGGGUCUUCGAAGCGUUCAAACUGGUGGAGCCGGAACCGAGUCCGAAUGACGCGGCUGACAAGGGUGAACCCAUCGGGCAGUAUCCCCUGACGAAUAUACAGACCGCCGGCACCGGGGUGCCGAGUAAAGUGCCGCUGUUGGACGAUUUCGACGACGAUGCGAAUCAGCAGCAGCAGCAGCAGGGCACCGGCGAAAACGGGGCUCCACGACUGUCUAAGCGAAAACUAAAAAGACUCACACGACUGAGCGUAGCGGAACUGAAGCAGCUGGUGGGUCGUCCGGACGUGGUGGAGAUGCACGACGUUACGGCGCGAGAUCCUAAGCUGCUCGUGCAAUUGAAGGCGCAUCGAAACACGGUACCUGUACCGAGACACUGGUGCUUCAAGCGGAAGUAUCUCCAGGGCAAACGGGGUAUAGAGAAGCCGCCCUUCGAUCUGCCAGACUUUAUCAAGCGUACCGGUAUCACGGAGAUGAGAGCGAGUCUGCAGGAACGCGACGACACGCGUACGCUGAAGGCGAAGAUGCGGGAGCGAGCGAGGCCCAAGCUGGGUAAGAUCGACAUCGACUAUCAGAAGCUGCACGACGCCUUCUUCAAGUGGCAAACGAAACCGCGUAUGACGAUCCACGGGGACCUCUAUUACGAGGGCAAGGAAUUCGAGACUCGAUUGAAAGAAAAGAAACCGGGAGAACUCUCGGACGAGCUGCGCACAGCUCUGGGCAUGCCGGUCGGACCGAACUGUCAGAAGGUACCUCCGCCCUGGCUCAUAGCUAUGCAACGUUACGGGCCACCGCCGAGUUAUCCGAACCUCAAGAUACCCGGUUUAAACGCACCCAUUCCGGAGGGCUGCGCUUUCGGUUAUCAUGCAGGCGGAUGGGGAACACCAGUGGAUGAAACAGGUAGACCGCUCUACGGAGAUGUGUUCGGGGUGUCCCGCACAUCCGGCGCGGAUGCGAUGGACGAGGAAAUUGAUCGGGGAAUGUGGGGCGAGCCGGAAUCGGAGUCGUCUGGCGACGAGGAUGAGGAUGAGGACGCCGAAGAAGGUGGCGAGGGUGGCGAGGGCGAAGGAAAGGACGGAGACGAUGACACUAGCGGAUUGGUCACUCCUGGUGCAGAAGGUCUGAUCACGCCGAGUGGUAUCACGUCGAUUCCGGCUGGUUUGGAGACUCCGGAGACCAUCGAGCUGCGAAAGAAGAAGAUCGAGAGCGAGAUGGAAGGCGGGGAUACGCCCGCUCUGUACACGGUACUGCAGGAACGACGUACGGAGGGUCUGGGCGCCAGUAUGAUGGGUAGCACGCACGUUUACGACAUGACUGGCGCAGCGGGUGGCCAGGCACCACCGUCUGUCAUCGCGGCACGUCGUGGCGGAAUCAGCGGUAGCGCGAGCGACGCUCGUGCAGAAAAGGACGGGGCGGUGGAGUUGACCCUGGAUCCCAGCGAGUUGGACCUCGACUCUGAAGCGAUGGCGUCCAGGUACGAGGAGACGAUGAGAUCCAGACAGGCGCACCUUAGGAGAGAAGAUCUGUCGGAUAUGCUGCAAGAUCACGUACAACGGCAGAAGAGCAAACGUAAACGUCAGCAAAUCCAGGACACAAAAACAUCUAAGAAAUAUAAAGAGUUCAAAUUUUAAGGUUUUGUUGUAUUAUUUUUCCUCGUGAUUAUGUAUCAUAUUAUAAUAUAGGAAUGAAAUUAUUUGAGAUACAUAAGAUUGGGCUUAUUGUAAUGCACCACUUCGACGAGAUCGCAAAAUAUUAUUCAAUAGUGAUUCCAAUUUUGUAUUUCAUGUUUACAAGUUAUAUGGUUGAUCGAUAAUAAAUGGAUCAGCCGUGUACAUUUACGAUAUAUAAAUUGACGAUAGUGAUAGAUUAUGAUAAUACACACUAUGAGCUAAAUAUUUUUCAAUAAAUAUAAUUUUCUAUUUUUACGUAACACAAAUAGGAACGACUACGUAAGUACUAUAUCGAAAAUGCAGUCUUUAAUACACAUUUGUUCAGUUUUUUAAAUUAUGUUUUUAAUUAUGUCACAUUUUUCAGUAUAGUGACACUAUAUGGCAGUAAAUAUGUAUAAUUAUUUCACACAGUUCAUUAAUGUAAUGCACUGUCAUACCUCGAAGUUUCUUGUACUGAAUUUUGUUGCAAUCUAUAAUAUAUUCUCAAAAUAAUCUAUGAA